UAGCCAACUCCCCUAAGAGUUAAACGAUCACUCUAAAGUUAGAGUAUUUAGAAAAACGUACUAAACUUUUCAAAAUACAUUUUAGAAAUAUAGAAAAUAGCAUACAAUUAAUUUCAGGUAUUUUAUGGUUGGCUAAUCUCAUUUUUGUUCUCAUUUUGUCUCAGAAUCAUGGACUUCGAUUUGGCGGAUGCUCUGCGGAGCUCUUAUUCGGAGAGUAUGGGGUUUGAUGCGGAAUGCAGCCUGUCUGGUGCGAAGGGUGGACCAGAAAUGGAGCUGCACCUGGGCCUGAGCUUUGAACUGGAGGUUCUCCAGCAGCGUCAGGGAGGCAUGAGACAGGUGGCUCACCUGGUGAUAGCGAUGCACAGGAUGAAACACACCUUCCAGAAGUCCGACUCCAUACACACUCCCCUGGGCAUGGAGUGCACCGACGAACAGCUUUGCAGCAUCAUCAUGGACAACCUGGUGGAAGAGUGUGUGAUGGAGCGGGUCCAGGAGCCAGAAGGAGCGAUGGCUAAAAAGGCUGAGGGGACCUUCAAGCGGAUGGACAGCCCCGAGCAGUGCACCCUGCGUGACCAUUACCAGAAGAGCGUGGUGCACUACCCUGAAACCAUGGUGCUACAGGCCGUUACACUGCAGGGAGGCAACAACCACCUGAGAGCGAGGUUCAACCUCUCCAUGUAUGAUAUUAAUAUGGACUCCUCCACUAUCCAUGCCAAGCCAGUUGUCUUGGGGAUUGCCAGUAGCAACUUCAACUUGUCCUGCUCCAUGCAGACAGACAGCACAACUCCCAUCCUACAGUUGGAGCUGUGUUCUGAGGACCAGUUGAAGACCAUCAGUGCUCAGGGAGACACAGUUCGCUUCCUCUUCUACAAGACAACCCAAGGCAUCUCCCUGACAACCUUCGAGUCGGCCAAGUACCCCGGCUGGUUCAUCAGCACCUCACUGGAGCAACGCAAGCCCGUAGAGAUGUGUCAGAAAGAGGACGUCAGAAAUAUCAACUUCUCAGUCAAAAACUAAACACACACACACACCCCAUCCCAAGAGUGUAUGUACCAGGUACAGCCAGAGAGAGAGUUCAGACAGAUGGAUACUGUAGACGUCUUGAAUUGAUAGACCCUUCUACCACCACACUCUUAGAAAAAAGGGUUCCAGAAGGGUUCUUCGGCUAUCCCCA